AUGGAGGUAUCAAAUACUAGUAAGAAAAGUAAAAUACUAGCAUAUUUUGAUCAAGAUUAUGAAAUUGAAGAAUCAUCACAAUCAUAUAACUUAUUAAAUCCUAUAAAGGAAAUACAUGGGAAUUUAUAUGAAAUUGGUUGUAAGCUUGAUAACAGUUAUAAAAUGAGAAAUUUAUUACCUGGAUUACUAGAUGAUAGUAAUCCUGUCAAUAAAGAUGAGUUUUGUGGUUUAUUGAAUGAAUGGAUAAACAACAAAAAAUAUAUAUAUAUAUUUGAAGGAACUAAUUGCGAAAAUAAGACAAAAUUUUGGGAAGAAAAUAUUGAGAAAUUGUGGGAACAAUUAAAAACGAAUAUUGGUAAUGAAGAAGGGUGUGAGAGAUGUAAAAUUUUUUAUAAUUGUUCUGUUUCUCCUGAAAUGAAAACUUCUUUAUCUGUGGGUUUUACUAUUUUUGGAAUUUUACUCAUUACUUUUUUUAUUUUUUAUAAGUUAGGUCCCAUUAGAUCAAGGAUUCACAACUGUCUACAUAAAAAAAAAAGAAAAAUAGAGAACAUAGUUCCAGAAAAAUCAUGUGAAUUAUUAGAAGGAUCUUCUAAAAAAGGGAUUUCAUUUUCUGAAAACGGAAGUAUUGCGUUAGGUUAUCAUUCUGUAGAAAUUUAG